UUAGGGGAGCGAAUGCCUAGGGGUCGGUUAGGUGGCCGAGUAAAAGUCAGCGGCGAAGACCGCCUAUCUCCGUAGAAGGCUUCCACUCACAGUGGACCGUUUUGUCGCCGUUGCAAAGAGGAUCUAAAGGAUGGACUGAGGUGAGCAUUACGUCGCGUAGAGUAUGAUUGCGAUGUGUAGCUCACUUAGAUUUGCAGCUACGCCCGAGGCCAUGACGGUGUUGAAGAGAAUGAAGAAGGACACUUUGGCGGUAACCGACAUGUUUGAAGGUGAGAUGGUCGCUCGGAAGAGGGCGAGGCAACGGAGCAUUCUGCUUUUAUAUCGAGCGGACACGAUGAGGAAAGAGUCCUCAUCGAUGGUAAGACCGGCCAUCAGUGGUCACUCCACCGUCGCAAAGCCGCCUCGUUGCGGCCAUCUUCGUACCGCUGCCGUGCACCGCGGUCUGCUGAAGGCCCCGAAAGUUACUGGAAGUGAUCACCGACAAGCGGUCCUUCUUGGACGCUACCAUCAUUUGCAAGCAAAUCCUCGCACGCUUGGUACAGUACCUAUGGUGCCGCCGAUCUGGCAGCGGCCUCAAGGACGGGCCGUAGCGCAUGGAUGCAGCCGCGUCUGCGGAUGCGGCCCGCAAGCUAAGGGAUUCGCCACGAUUACCGAGCCGCAAAGCACCGAUCAAAGGCAGAUUUACGUCUCGCUGGAUCAUUACAGACGCUUUCACUGAAAGAAACCCGACGCGAGUCUGAUCAUACCAUUGCGCCGAUCUCACUGGUCUAAUAACAUCCGACAAAGAGGUCAACUCCCUUCGUCCUGCUGCCUUGUUCUUGACCUUUGCCAACCUGCCUCGCGUGCACUCAUGGUUAGCCGGACUUCUCGUUCGAUGCUGCGCCUGACCGCUUCUCACCUUCCUCGGGUUGUUCGAAAAAGAUGCCCAUGCCUUUCCCUCUACAGUGGGGCCCACAACGAAAGACAGAUUGCCGUCAAAGCUGAACUCGAGAGACUCGUCCUUAUCAACGCCGAGACAAUGCACUGCGAUGAAGCCGUCGCUGUGAUCGUCGAGG